AUGGUGAACGUGCGAGAGGUCGAUUUAGGCAGCCGUACGAUCCGGAUCUUCGAGCUCGAGGACGCGCGCGAUUCGGAGACGGGGAAAUCCGUGACGGGUGCGUGGGUGUGGGACGCGUCUCUGGUCUUCGCCGCGUGGCUCGGCGCGCACGGAAAGGCGUGGCCGGAAGGGUCAUGUAAAGACCUAAGGGUGCUGGAGCUGGGAGCGGGUUUAGGAGUCGUCGGGCUCGCCGCGGCGGCUUUAGGAGCGCGCGUGCUCCUGACGGACCGCGAUAUCAGGUGUAUGCGCGGGAUCAGGCGGAACAUUGCGGAAAACGCGCUCGAGGGGAGGGCGUUUGCGGCGCAGCUGGAAUGGGGAGAGGGCUUGCCGAGGCAGGUGCAUCUGGGGGAGGAGUUACCUAGGAGGGCGGAUUCUGGGGAGGAUGCGCAUAGGCGGACAUCUGGCAGUGCGGAAUUGGCGGAGACGGAUGGGGAGGUCGGCGGGCGGCGGGGAGGGAACACUGGAGCGUGCGGGGAUGGGGGGAGCGAAGGAGAGAGGGAGGAGAGAGAGACGGAUACCGGAGCAGCUGCUAUCCUACCAUUAUCUGCUCAUGGUGUGGGUGCUUGUGGUGGUGAUGGUGGUGCUACGGCUGCUCCUGCUGUUGACACGACAGCAGGAGCAGUGAGAGCAUCAGGAGAGCAAGCAGGAGCAGAAGCACCGCUGGCGGAGACUUUAGGAGCGUUGAGUGUGAAUGGAGGGGAAGGAGGAGUCGCCGAAUCUGAGCCGUUGGAUGUCGAGGAUUUUGUGAAGGAUCUAGAUCUGAUCGUUGGAUCGGAUAUCACGUACGAGGCGGAUCAGAUGCCCGCCCUCUGCCGCACGAUCAAGCAGCUGGCGGGACCUCGCACUAGGGCGGCGCAUGGCGGGCCAUGGGAUGGGAGUGUAAGCACUCAAGCGGUGUAUCAGAGGCACGAGUCAUAUGAGCGGUACAUGAGAGGGAGGGCACCUUGGGUCGAGCGCUUAGAGUUUGUAUCGCAAGGGGUGUCUCAAGCACCUCGCAAGGGGUGUCUCAAGCACGGGGUGUCUCAAGCACCUCGCAAGGGGUGUCUCAAGCACCUCGCAAGGGGUGUCUCAAGCACCUCGCAAGGGGUGUCUCAAGCACCUCGCAAGGGGUGUCUCAAGCACCUCGCAAGGGGUGUCUCAAGCACCUCGCAAGGGGUGUCUCAAGCACCUCGCAAGGGGUGUCUCAAGCACCUCGCAAGGGGUCCGCUCCUCCCUCCCCUUAACCGCUCCUCCCUCCCCUUAACCGCUCCUCCCGCUUCUCCCUUCCCCUUCCCCCUCCGACCUGCGCCCCCCCAAACUCUCCACCCCCCUCCCUCCCCCCGUCAGAUAUUCAUAGCAGUGGAGCUGCGCCCGUCCACGCCCCAGUGUUUCCAAGCCAUGGCAGCACAGGGCCUCACGUGGAGGGCCGUGGAGCAGAGCGAUCUGGACCCCCGCUGGGCAGUGGAGCAGGGCCACCUGCAGCAGGGCGACCUGCAGCAGGGCGACCUGGAGCAGCAGGGCGACCUGGAGCAGGGCGACCUGGAGCAGGGCGACCUGGAGCAGGGCGACCUGGAGCAGGGCGAUCUGGAGCAGAGCGACCUGAAUCCCCGUGGAGCAGGGCUGUCUCGGGCAGUGCCAUCCGGAGCAGUGUCAUCUGGGGCAGUGCCAUCUGGGGCAGUGCCAUCUGGGGCAGUGCCAUCUGGGGCAGUGCCAUCUGGGGCAGUGCCAUCUGGGGCAGUGCCAUCUGGAGCAGUGUCAUCUGGGGCAGUGCCAUCUGGGGCAGUGCCAUCUGGGGCAGUGCCAUCUGGGGCAGUGCCAUCUGGGGCAGUGCCAUCUGGGGCAGUGCCAUCUGGAGCAGUGUCAUCUAGGGCAGUGCCAUCUGGGGCAGUGCCAUUUGGGGCAGGGCGACCUGGACCCCUGCUGCUGCUGCGGCAACUUUUAGGCCUUCGAGUUCAUCAUGUGAUGUUGCAGUGGCAUUAA